UGCGAGCUGGCACGUCAUUGGUCGUUUGGUGUUCGUAACGGUUAGUGUAUAAAGACACGGUUGGAAAAUAACUGGCAUAUUUCUCUUACAUCUGUUAAAGUGCAUUUGCAGUACUUACUCGAUUUUCAACGUGAAACAUGUCUGGCCGCGGCAAAGGUGGAAAAGCUAAGGGAAAGGCGAAGUCUCGUUCCAACAGAGCUGGCCUGCAAUUCCCUGUUGGUCGCAUACAUAGACUUCUUCGUAAAGGAAAUUACGCAGAACGCGUUGGUGCAGGGGCACCAGUGUACUUGGCAGCCGUCAUGGAGUAUUUGGCGGCAGAAGUGUUGGAAUUGGCGGGAAACGCUGCCCGCGACAACAAGAAAACAAGAAUUAUUCCACGUCAUCUUCAGCUUGCCAUUCGUAAUGACGAGGAAUUAAACAAAUUGCUCUCCGGUGUAACUAUUGCUCAAGGUGGUGUCUUACCGAACAUUCAAGCAGUUUUGUUGCCAAAGAAGACUGAGAAAAAAGCUUAAUUUUAUAAUCAUUUACAAAACUGGCCCUUUUUAGGGCCACAAA